UCAAUGACUCUGAUUUAAAGCUUGUUUUUGUAAAUGAAUUAAUUUUUCUGUGAUUUUAUUUGAUAUUUUCUGUAAUUUAACGAAGCAUGUGAUCGCUUGUCUGUCGCGGGUUUUACGUUCCAAAGUCCUGUCGCUAUUUAGCACAGAAGCCGCUUCAUUUUUUCAUUAACUUAUGUGUAUUUCUGAUUUUAUUCGACUGUUUUUAUUGCAUUUCAACGCCUUGUUCUGAUGUACAGCACUUUGUUUCAACUGUGCUUGUUUAAAGUGCUACAUAAAGUUAAAUAUUUCAUUCUAAGUUCCUGAUCGGAGUCUGUUGGUCGAGGCUGAAAACUAAACGAGACGUCUCUGGAGAUACUGAGGACCUGUGACUGAGUUUAGCCCUGAUUAUUGAAUAUAAAACCCUCCAUAAACCCUCUAUAAACCCUCUACAAACUGUCCCCUUCCCCCCCAGCCAUGAGACCCUCCAUCUCCGUCAGCCUGGAGCCAGGUCUGGACCGAGGCGUCCCCUGGGGUCGGGACCUCUACACCUUUGUGACCUCGGCGGCGGGUCACAUGAUGAGAACGCUGCAGAAACCCAGGAAGAACCGGCAGUCCAAACGGCAGGUCAACCACCGACGCUUCCUGCACAACAUGAUCCAGAGAAAGUUUGCCGACAUCGAAGCAGCGAAUCAUCGUCUGGCUGCUGCUCUGUAUUUCAAGGAGUCCGACAAAGACGGAUCUUCUCCAUCGUCGCCCAAACCGACAGGAAGCGUGCCUCAGAGCGGAACAGAUCCAGACAAACACCAAGACGAUGAAUCUGUCGACUUGUAUGAAGCUGAGGUUGUUGAGAAGAAGCAGCAGGAGUCGGGACAUCUGUGGAAAUGUCAUCUGAAGAACCAGAACAAAGCAGUGCAUCUGGGUUCAGACUUGAACCACGAAUCAGAACUCUUUGAUUCCAAGUUUCAGCCGAUCAGCAGCUUUUCCGAAGAAAACCAAACUCCUCCUGACGACUCCAGCUUCGGUCAGCUCAUCUCUCCGACCUUCAGUCCAGAACUCUCUCCGUUGUUUCUGGACUCCUGUGACUUCUCCGUCCAGAUGUUCUCCGACCUGCCAGCCCAGAGGAACCUGGACCUGGAGGCUCAGCUGACCGACAUCCUGGAGCUGCUGGGAGAUCCAAACGACGGCAGCUGGAUGGACGUGGAAACCUACCUGGAGAACGUGUGUGACUGUCAUGGUGAUGCCGGACAAGAGGACCAAUCAGAGAGCUUCGCUGAGGCGGACGGAGGCAAGGGCGGGUGUGGAUACGGUUGCCAUGGAGAUCAGGGAUGGCAGAGUUCAUCGGCAGUGGAAGAAGAGCUUCACAACCAGCUUUCUGUCUGCCACCAUGAGAACCAGUGCAUGAUGGGAAACCGUGGAGUCGGUUUUACUCCGUUUGAAGGCGUCGCUCAGUCAUUCACCGUUCCGAUGCAAACUCCUGAACUCCGUCUCAUAGCAACACCGCCUCAGGAGGACGACUGGUUCUUCACUGACAUCCUGAAGGACAGGAAGUCACCAGAAUACUAGGAAACGUUCCUGUUUCCGUACGAACUUUAGCUGUUUCAUCAACCAAAACACCUCCACGUUUACAGCCUCAGUUACAUUAUUAAAUCAUGAUGUGAAGCACGGUGGCGGCAGCAUCAUGACGUGAAGCACGGUGGCGGCAGCAUCAUGACGUGAAGCACGGUGGCGGCAGCAUCAUGACGUGAAGCACGGUGGCGGCAGCAUCAUGAUAUGAAGCACAUGGUGGUGUUGAUUUAAUGAGUGUUUUCUUUCAUUUCACGUGUCUGUAUUUAAAAUGACUCAUUAAAACAUUUCAGUGAAACAGUUUUGAAAGAAGUCCAAAGUCACACUGUUUUCCUCUUCAGUCCCUUCAAAUUUAUUGAUUUUUCUGUUUCAUUUUUGGGUGAUCAUUUUGAUUCUCUUUGUGAUUAUUUUGUCUCUCUUUGUAUUUUUUUUGCAUCUCUUUGUGGUUGUUUUGCGUCUCUUUGUGAUCUGUGUCUAACUGUGUCUUC